CUUGGCGAGUACGAUAUAAGAAGAGUCGUAAGGAAAUUGCGUUGAUCUUUACGGAAAGCAAGAAAGCGACGAGGACUUAUCUUAUCUCUGAACGAUAUUACGUUACCUUAAUCGGUUGUCUAUAGAUUCCAGUCCAGCGGCAGAAUUUCGAGGAAUUGUGCACACGCGACAAGUCUUUCUGUGAACAAUUUCGCUCAAAUAGAUAUGUCGUGUUUGAGAUCGAGUUAUUUAUCGACAGAAUGAGUUUUGAGUUGGAAAAAAUACCCGAUAACGACGGACAAAGUAGUUCCUCAUCUAAUGAAACAGAUGAAGAUGAUGCCACUCUCCCGGAACCGUCAGAAUCAUUCGUUGUGAACCAAAUCACUAAAAAAUUCGAAGAAUUACGCCAGCGACGAGAAGACCUGCAUAAGGCUUUUGUAGAAUGGAUACCAAAGAGGAAAAACACCAGAGAGCAACUGCAAGAGUUGGCGACAAAACUUCACGAACAUCAUAGAAAUGUAAAUAUAUCAACCGUCACUGGGGCGUCCUUGGGUACUUUGGGAGGGGUCCUUUCAAUUGCGGGUCUCAUCGCUGCACCCUUCACCUUCGGAGCCGGGCUCGUAGUCUCACUCGUUGGCGCCGGGAUUGGAGGCACGGGAGGUCUGGUGAUGUCUGGUUCCAAAGUAGUUGAGAUAAUUCUCACGAAGUUAGGAUUAAAUGAAGUACAGGAAGCCAUUGAUGUGGACAGGGAAGCUUGUGCGCAACUGCAAGAAAAGUUGGAAGCUCUUGAGAACUUCAUCUACGACCUAGCAGAGUUUCUGAAACCUCUUCACGACGAUGCACAGUUAAAAAGAGAACUAGAAGGCAGUGGUUUUACAUUCCUUCAAAAUUUAGCCUCAAGUGAAUUCGCGACUUCUCCCGAAGAGAAAGUGGAAUUCGGCGCCAGAUUCUUCCGGGUUUUUUCGUCCGCGGCGUCAGUCUCAGCCUCAGCGUUCGCUACCGCGGGAACUUUGGCGCGAAGCGCGGCUUUGGCAGGAACACGCGUUGCACACGUGGCCGGUUCAAUAGUAAGCGCGGCUCUUCUACCUUUGGACAUCACUUUACUAGUGAAGUCGUCUUUAGAGCUUCAAAGAGGCUCAACUUCUAAGGCGGUGGAAGAUAUCAGGAAGAUUUUAAGCGAGUUGGAAUGCCCAGAAGAGGAAGAGAUUCAACUCAUGGUGGAGAGUUUUAUCGACGAAAAGUUUACUGAGGCCUAUAAUGAUGACAUAGGCAAAGGCGAAGAUGACAAAGGCAAAGAUGACAAAAGCAAAGGCGAAGACGCCACAGGAAAACCAAACAAUGAUAACGUGAUGAAUGGAAAGUUAAACAUAGUCAAGCAGAUUCUUAAGUGCCUCAAGAAAGGAAUUUUAAAGUCUACUCUGGAUCACAUACACAAAUCUACACACCCUGCUUUUAAGGGUCGUUUUCGUGAAAAAUAUCUGGGAAUUUUAUUGCCAGAAGAAGUUUAUGUCCAAGUCAUAACGAGAUUCCGAGAAUUAGACCGGUUGGGGGAAGAAUUGGUUAACACCUUUAAGCAGUGGAUACCGAAGAGGAAACGCACUAUGGAAAAACUGGAGAAACUUGCAUCCAAAUUACACCAGCAACAUAUAAAUGUUAGUAAAUCGACCAUAGCAGGUGCUUCCGCGAGUACCGUAGGAGGAAUCCUAGCGAUAGCGGGCCUGAUCGCCACGCCCUUCACUUUUGGGGCCGGGCUUGUGGUCUCCCUCAUUGGCGCCGGAAUUGGAGGCACAGGAAGCCUGGUGAUGUCUGUUUCCAAAGUAAUCGAGAUAAUCCUCGCAAAGCUAGGAUUGAAAGACGUUCAGGGAGCCAUUGACGAGGACAAGGAAGCUUGCACGCAGCUUCAAGAAAAAUUGGAAAACCUUGAGAGGUUCAUCUCCGACUUAAGAGAAAUAGAAAGCAAUGGUUUUGAAUUUCUCCACAAUCUAGCCGGAAGGGAGUACACAACUUCAACUGAGGAGAAAAUAGAUUUCUUCGCCAGGUUUUUGCGGGUGUUCUCGUCCACGGCUUCAGUAGGGGCUGGAGCAUUCGCUGCUGCUGGUGCCUUCGCUCGAGCUGGGGGUUUAGCGGGGGCCAAUUUAGCUGGAGGAGUUGCUGGCGCCGUGCUGUUACCUCUGGAUAUCUACAUGUUGGUGAAAUCGUCUUUAGAGGUGCAUAGAGGAUCGACUACGCAGAUUGUGAAUGACCUCAGGAAGUUACUAAGCGAAUUGAAAUGCCCAGAGGAAGAUGAGAUUCAGGAGAUGGUGCGGAAAUUCAUCUGCGAGAAGUUAAGUGAGGCCUUUAAUGAUGGGGUCUCAAACGAAGUACAAAGAGACAACGGUGAUGACUUAAGAGAAGCCGAAACUGUAGCGAUAUAGUAAUCAAAGAGGAACGUCAGUAGCGAUAGCAAUAGAACGAAACCUACGUGAAGCGGAUCAGUGUAAUAAGCCGAAUCCUCAAGAGUCUUUGCUAAAGAUGUUUUUUUCGUAGUUAGGAAAACCGUGCACUUCUGUAAGUCGUGUCCAGUUCAGCGAUUCAAUGUGUUUCAAGGUAAAGCUGCCGAAUGUUGAGUAAC